AUGGCGUCUCACGCAACGAAGCGCAAGCGAGAGACCAGUGAUAUGCCCAUGACCCGCGCGCAUCCAGCGAUGGCUAUGAACGAAUUUGACCAGCACUAUCUGCCCAGCCACGACAAUCCGAUGGACCACCACGACGCCGACAUGGGCUUUGCGCUAUCGCAACACAACGCUGGCCUGGAUGACGAUCAUGACUCACAGCAACACAGCCAUAGCCACGGAACGGGUCAAGACGAAGUCAACGGUGCAGGUGGAGGGAAUGCGAGCGAUACGGCGGCAGCGGCCAUGGCGCAAUUCCAUAACAUGAGAGUACCACAAUCAACGGAGGAGGCGUUUAUGAGCCAAGUAGUGGACUCUGCUCAAUCCGAUCGACCCAACAGUGCUUCCAUAGACCAAGGCAGUCUAGGCGCGCAAAGAACAGGAAGCUUUGACUUUGACGUCUCUGGUUUGAAGGACGCGACAGGUGCCUCGAAUGAAGAAGGAUCUCCCACUGCACCAUCACAAACGCCAGGCGGCUCAUCGAAACCUGCUGUGGGUACAGAAGAAUGGCAUAAGGUACGGAGAGAUAACCACAAAGAAGUCGAGCGCCGCCGUCGUGAAACCAUCAACGAGGGCAUUAACGAACUCUCGAAGAUCGUGCCAGGAUGUGAGAAGAACAAAGGCAGUWUACUUGCGCGUGCAGUACAAUUCAUCACCCAGCUCAAGGAGAACGAAACCCAGAACAUUGAGAAGUGGACGCUGGAGAAGAUGCUCACUGAAGAAGCCAUCAAGGAACUAAGCUCGAGUUGCGAUAAGCUCAAGAAUGAAUGUCAGAGAGCCUGGAACGAGUGCGAGCAAUGGAAGAAAGCUGCUCAAAGUGCUGGCGUUUCAAUUGAUGUCGGGAAGCUUGACGACGAUGAUGAUUAG